AUGUCUAUCAAAAAUUCUCAAAAGCGAAAAAAUAGUGAAGGCAAUGGAAUAGAAUCAGAACCUCCAACUAAAACUAUACAUAUUCAGUGCCCGUAUUUAGACACUAUUAACAGACAUGUCCUGGAUUUUGAUUUUGAAAAGCUAUGUUCUGUAUCACUGACCAGAAUCAAUGUUUAUGCCUGCCUUGUUUGUGGGAAAUACUUUCAGGGCCGAGGUACAAACACUCAUGCCUAUACUCAUUCAGUGGCUGAUGAUCAUCAUGUGUUUUUAAACCUUCAUACCUUAAAGUUUUACUGCUUGCCAGAUAACUAUGAGGUCAUUGAUUCCUCCCUGAAUGACAUCAAGUAUGUAUUAAACCCAAUCUUUACACCAGAACAAAUAAAGCAGUUGGAUUACAAUACCAAGAUGUCUAGAGCUAUAGAUGGCACCAUGUACAUGCCUGGGAUAGUUGGUCUUAAUAACAUCAAGGCCAAUGAUUAUUGUAAUGUUAUUUUACAGUGCUUAUGUCAAGUAAGGCCACUUCGUAACUAUUUCCUCCGUGAGGAAAACUAUGCGAACGUGAAGCGACCGCCCGGCGAUUCCUCAUUCCUCUUGGUGCAACGAUUUGGUGAGCUGAUUCGUAAGCUGUGGAAUCCGAGAGCUUUUAAAGCACAUGUGUCGCCUCACGAGAUGCUUCAAGCUGUAGUGUUGUGGUCUAAGAAGAGAUUUCAGUUUAUCAAACAGAGUGAUCCUAUAGAUUUUCUCUCAUGGUUUUUAAAUUCUCUGCAUAUGGCGCUCAAUGGUACGAAGAAACCAAACAGUUCUAUUAUCUACAAAUCGUUUCUUGGACACAUGAGGAUAUAUACAAGAAAGCUACCACCACCAGACGCAGAGGAAGCUGCAAAAGUAGACCUAAGUAGUGAAGAGUACAGUGAAAUGAUUACUGAAUCACCUUUCAUGUACUUAACUUGCGAUCUACCACCUACACCUCUUUUUACCGACGAGUUUAGAGAAAAUAUUAUUCCACAAGUUAAUUUGUACCAGUUACUUUCAAAGUUCAAUGGUCAAACAUCAAAAGAGAACAAAACAUAUAAAGAGAACUUUCUGAAGAGAUUUGAGAUCACUCAGCUCCCGCCCUACUUGAUAUUGUAUAUUAAAAGAUUCACGAAAAACACUUUCUUUGUUGAAAAGAAUCCAACUGUUGUUAAUUUUCCUGUCAAAAACGUUGAUUUCGGAGAUAUUCUCACUCCUGAAGUAAAAGCGAAGUACAAUGGCAAGACGGUAUACGAGUUAGUGGGCAACAUCUUACACGACGGUAUGCCAGAGAAGGGUACAUAUAGGGCGCAUGUGCUCCAUAAACCUACACAACAGUGGUAUGAAAUGCAAGACCUUCAUGUAACCAGUAUACUGCCGCAAAUGAUCACUCUUACAGAAGCAUACAUUCAAAUUUAUGAGCUAAAACAGGAUUAA